AUGCAGAAUAGUGUUUUUCAAGGGGAAGCAGUGGCGAUAGCACGCGCUAUCCGCUACUUGCUGACUCAGAAUAUAACACAAGCGACAAUCAAUUCUGAUAGCCUUUCUGUCAUCCACGCCAUUGGCAAUCCUGAGCAUUCCUCUCCAAUUAUACGAGACAUUCAACAAGACUUACGUGCUUCUCCGUCUUUCACUAUUCAUAUUUCUUGGGUUAAAGCGCAUGUGGGAGAAUAUAACGAACUUGCUGAUGUCUAUGCCAAGGAGGCGGCUUCUGGUGAUGCUGAUGAGAAUAUAUCCAUUUCUUGGCCACAUUCGUUUCUCAAGCGAACUUUACGUCUUCGAGCAAUUAGUAAGUGGCAAGAGGAAUGGGACAAUAGCUUCACCGGUCGACAUACUUUCUACCAUCUUUUAUAUGUGUCGACAGAUCAUUGCUGUGGCAAUGCCCAUCUUUCCUGUUACAUUUCGGGGCAUGGACCUUUUCCUGAAUUCUUCGCACGCUUUGGCAUUAGUGAUAUCAAUGUCUGCAGUUGUGGUGAACUCGGCUCUCCGGAGCACUAUUUAGCCAAUUGUCCCCUGACAGAAGGCCUACAUAUACGAUUUCCUACGCAAAAUCGUCAGGCAUUUUGCAAACUCUUAGUUAAGCAAAGACACCUGAUCCGAAAACUAAAUUGCGUAAUGGAGAAAGCCUCCAGCAUUGGGAUUGACCUAUGUCAAGUUUCAUCUAAAUGGUUUUCAGGAAAUGUAUUAACCAUUUACUAUCUGCUUUUUGUAGCUAGACUAUUAAUAACAAAUGAAAUAUAA